CCUUGGGUGGAGAGUAGGAGACUCGAGAGUGGGCAUCAUACAUAUUACAUAGCCCUCCGAAAAACCCACUGAGCAGUGAGAACCUCCAAAAAGAAGAAACAUACCAAGGAAAAACGGCGAACAUGGACGGAGGAGUGACGUACCAGCGUUUCCCGAAGCUGAAAAUCCGAGAGAUGAGGGACGACGUCGUGAAGUUCGAGCUGCGGGAGACAGACGCCAGCAUGGCGAACGCUCUGAGGCGCGUCAUGAUCGCGGAGGUGCCCACCGUGGCCAUCGACCUGGUCGAGAUCGAGGUCAACUCCACGGUCCUCAACGACGAGUUCAUCGCCCACCGCCUUGGCCUCAUCCCCCUCACCAGCGACCGCGCCAUGAGCAUGCGCUUCUCCCGAGACUGCGACGCCUGCGAUGGCGACGGACAGUGCGAGUUCUGCUCCGUCGAGUUCCACCUCCGUGCCAAGUGCCUCACCGACCAAACCCUUGACGUCACCAGCAAGGACCUCUACAGCUCCGACCACACCGUCGUUCCCGUCGAUUUCUCCGAUCCCAAUGAGCCCGGCGAGCAGAGGGGGAUUAUCAUUGUGAAGUUACGUCGUGGACAAGAGCUGAGGCUGAGAGCUAUAGCCAGAAAAGGGAUUGGUAAAGAUCAUGCAAAAUGGUCGCCUGCUGCUACUGUCACAUUCAUGUAUGAACCAAUGAUUAGAAUUAAUGAAGACUUGAUGGAAACUUUAUCGCUGGAGGAUAAAAGAAGUUGGGUUGAGAGCAGUCCUACCAAAGUGUUUGACAUCGACCCUGUUACCCAACAGGUUGUAGUGGUCGAUCCUGAGGCAUACACUUAUGAUGAUGAAGUGAUCAAGAAAGCAGAGUCUAUGGGGAAGCCCGGGCUUGUGGAGAUUGAAGCCAAGGAAGAUAGUUUUAUAUUCACUGUAGAAUCUACUGGUGCAAUCAAAGCUUCUCAGUUGGUACUCAAUGCCAUAGAAAUCCUGAAACAAAAGCUGGAUGCAGUUCGUCUGUCAGAUGAUACUGUAGAAGCUGAUGAUCAGUUUGGCGAACUGGGUGCUCAUAUGCGAGGAGGAUGAUCCAGUUGUUGAAAGAGGAAUAAUCAAAUGAUCCUUGCAGAUUCUAGGAUAUCAAUUGAAUUCCAUGCACUUUCUGGGACUUGGUAAUAGUACUAACUGCUUCUUCCCUCUUUAAUUUUUGCUGUGGAUGCUGCUCACAAGAAGAGAGGGGGAGGGGGGGGGAAUGCUGGGGAAGCUGAUCUGUUUCUCUAGCAAAAUAUGCCUUUGGAUCUUUUGAGACAUCAACUUGUGUUUUCUUUGUGAACUUGCGUCCCAUGGCACGUUACCUACUAGCAAGACAUAAAUACAGCAUGGUUAAUCUAAUUCAAUAUAAUUUCUAUCUGCUUUUGGAAA